UCUAUAAAGCAUCAGAACCCUGAACUGAGAUUCUAACUUUCUUCUGUCUCCUGCAAAGAGCAGCAUCACCUUGACUGGAGUUGCUACGGACACAAUCCAAGCUGUGGGUUUGCACCAUCUCUCUCGAAGAGCACAGAAUGAGUGUGGAGAGGCUCAGCAGGUCUCUUUGGGGUGCGUGGGAUGGCGCAAAUGCAACAUGGCCGCUUCCUGAACAAGCUCUACUUCAGCCUUUCUGGGACUACCUGCGUCAGAACCAUGCCAGCACUAUCAGCUCACCACUUUUCCCUGUGCUUCUCUCUGUCUCUACCUACUUGGUCCUUAUACUUUUCUACACCACUCUGGACCUUCUGGCACCAACGUGGCCAAGUAUCCGCCGCUACCAGCUGCACCCAGAUCGCACAGUCACAUGGUCCAACGUGGGCACCACACUUGCACUCACCACCUACAACCACCUGCUUUACAUCUUUCCGGCAGCCGUGGCACAAUGGCUGUGGCGCCCACCUGUGCCACUUCCACACCAUGCACCCUCGCUCACUUCCUUCUUGAUUGGUAUUGCAGGUUGCACAGUGCUUUUUGAUUUCCAGUACUUUGCUUGGCAUCUGCUGCACCACCGCAUUGCUUGGCUGUAUUCCACCUUCCAUGCUGUGCAUCAUCAAUACCGGCAGACAUUUAGCCUGGUUACACAGUACUUGUCAGCGUGGGAGCUUAUCAGUGUGGGCCUGUGGACUACUGUGGAUCCUUUACUUCUGCAUUGCCACUGUCUUACUGGCUGGGCAUUUAUGGUCUUCAACGUGUGGGUGUCAGCUGAGGACCACUGUGGCUAUGAUUUCCCCUGGGCCAUGCAUCGCAUUGUUCCAUUUGGCCUGUGGGGUGGUGCACCACGCCACGAUGUGCAUCAUUUGCAGCCCGGCACCAAUUUCGCUCCCUUCUUCACACACUGGGAUUGGUUGGCAGGCACUGGAGGCGCACCUGCCAAGUUUUAUAACAACAUUGAUCACAGCAGCCUGAAAGAUGAUGGACUUAAAUCAGACAAAGGGAUCUGAGAGAUUUAUUCAGUGGAUAUUGCCUCCUUUAAAACGCUUUCCCAUUCUAUUUUUUCCUAGGCAUAUAUUUUGCUCUUUUAUUGUCCUCUUCAUCUUUUAUCAUUUACGUCAUUUUGACUGUAUAUUAAUUUUAAGUAAAAGAGGCUGGACAUUUUAUAACGUAAUUUCAACGAUGAAUGAUCCAAGUGAACAGACAGAGAGCCUCUUUUUUCUUUCACACUCUUUCUCCUGCUCCAUCUCUCUGUUAACUAUUUACAGAAGCUCCAUUUCUUUCCUUCACAUCCUUAACAAUAGAGGGUAUUUUGAAUGUUUAAUAAGUUAAGGUAACUGAACCUUUGUGUUAAUCUUGAAGCAAUACAAUUACAAUCAUCUGUUCAUGUUACAUGUUAUAAAGUUAAGGUGUGUGUGAUGGAUUUUUUUUUAUACCUUAAUUUGUAUGUUAAUUCAAAAAAUCAAUUAA